AGCGCUUGUCGGGAGAAGUGUGAAUUAUUGAAUUUUUUCAAGCUACAGUUUUUGAACAAAAAUAUUAACAAUGAUACUGAAAACUACACUUUGUUACACACUGCUUUGGUCAUUUAUCAAAGGAAAUCUAUUACCAACAAGUGUUCCUAUGUUUGAAAAUGUUCCACUAAAUCCAUUAAUGCCAUAUGAUGAGAAAAGUGUGAGAGAUUGUCCGUAUACUAACUACGUUUAUGCAAAACAAGGUUUGGCUAGUUCAAUAUUUUCGGAAAUGUACGUCGACAAGACGUUCGCGCAUGUUGUUAAAUUAUCAACUAUAAAUCUGUCAUGCAUAGGUGUUAUAGUCGACAAUAUGCACAUUUUGACUACUAAGGAUUGUGCUUUGGAAAACCCUAAGGAAGUGAGCUUUCACAAUACGAAUCUGUCCGAUUAUCAUAUAGAAUCCACGACGUAUCAUCAGAGUUUUGAUGUUGCAUUGUUGCAGUUAAAAACUAGUCUAAACAUCAGUAACCAGAUUACACCAGCAUGCUUUUGGACUGCAUCACCUAGUAGUGGAUUUCCUACUAUACAACGUGUUUCUCGGGAUCAACAGAAUGGCAAUUUUUUAAAUAUUACAAUAAAUUGUCAGCUUCUUGAACGUGAAACUUGCUUUCAGGAUGCUAAAAAUGUCAACAUCGGGUUUUUGCAAAUUCCAGCUGUCUCUAAUUACCGAUCACAUCCUUUCGUUGUGGCCUUUGGUUUUAACGAAAAUGGAUCGAUUUUAGAGAUAUCAAAGUAUGCUGACUGGAUUGAACAAGAAAUUGGAUACGAGCUGGAUGCGAUUGAUUGUGCCACAAAAUAUUUCCGCUUUAGAGAAUAUGAAACCAACAUAAGAGUAAACAUUCCCGUCAUUGAAACUGACACGUUUCAAUCCCUACAGCUUAGUAAAGCUAUCAUGUUAACUUCGCUAAACAAUCACUACAAAGUAUUAAUAGGACAUUAUCUGAAGGAUUUUGAAUCAACUAAAUCGUAUGACUGCUAUGGAACGCUGAUUGAUCGCCAGUAUGUUUUAACUACAGCUAAUUGUGUCACUGAUAUAACAAAUCAUUCUGUAGUCGUUAGAAUGAAUCAGAAAAGUGAAUAUAUUAAACCUACGGAUCCAAAUCUUCCCUAUAAAGAAUAUUAUCCAUACCAAGAGGAAGUGCUUGUUUCGCAGAUAUACAUUCAUCCAAAUUUCAGUAAAAUGCCACUGGAAAAUGAUUUAGCACUCUUACAUCUAGAGUUUCAUGAUAUCAGUUUCAAUCGGUAUUUCAAGCCUGCUUGUCUGUGGACUCACGAUCUGCUUUCAGUGCGAGAAUUUCAAACUAAUGGACAUGGCCCCCAAAAAACUGCGGACUUAUAUGAUACCUCGCCAGAUGAUGGACAAGAAAUUGAGCUCUACUUGAAUUCAAAAGUAUUGGUUAAUUGUCCGAUGAAUCUGACAGCCCAUCAAAUAUGCGUUGGAGAUGCGUAUACAUUAGUUCCAGGAGUGUGCAAGAAUAACUUCGGAUCAGCAAUGUCACGCGAAAUAUGGGUUUUCAAAAGUUAUAUAUUUGAUUAUAUAUUCGCCGUGAACAACCAAGGUGAAAACUGUGGAUUGAACACACCCUCCAUUUUCACAAAGAUAGCACCAUUCAUUAACUGGAUAGACAGUAUUGUGUUUGCAGACAAUGUGAAAUACGAGGACUCAAGUGUUUAUUACGGCGACGAAUGUAUAACUUUGAAUGGACCUGGUGUUUGUCUCACACUUGACGAAUGUCCCGGCACGAUGAAACAGGUUGUGGAUGGAAAUAUAACUGAUUUAAGUGAACUACUAUGUGGCUUCGAGAAAGAUGUUUCUCUAGUAUGUUGUACAAACGUGGAUUGUUUUCAAACUCCUACAUCAAAUGAAAGAAUUAAAAAAGCAUUAGGAGAGAUUGAAAAUUGUUCAGAUAUGUACAUCGAUUUCAGACCAUCGAAUGUAUUGGAUAAUCCUCAAGAAGAAAUUGUCACUUACGUGGCUACUUUGAAAUCAACUUUGUCAAAUGUGACAUGCGAUGCUACUUUAAUAUCUUCAUAUUUUUUGGUAACAACAGCCAGUUGUUAUAUAAGGUUCUCAAACUCUGAUGACGUGGUUGUGCUUAUAGGUCAACUUCAGAACAACACUGUUGAGAAAGCUUUCAUUCAUCCCAGGUUUGAUCUAAACCUUCGAAACAACAACAUUGCUGUGUUGAAAUUAGCAACCUCGAUUUCAAUUAGCAAGGAUGUGAUUCCUGCUUGCUUAUGGCGUAAUCAUUCCCAUGUACCACUCAUUCUGCAUGGUACCAGCAACGGAGAGAAACCAUUGUAUGUUUAUCCUAUAUAUCGGAAAAAUUGCGUAAAAGAAAAGCUCACUAAUUUCACCGAAUCAGAAUUAUGUGUAUUGAAAUUGUACGGUACUCUUGAAUCGCUUGUAUAUUCUGACGGUGGAACUGGACUCUACAAUCAUUGGUCUGAUGAGCAAUAUGAAGUCCAAAUCUCAUAUUUGGUAGGUCUGUUCAAUCGUGGAUCAGUUUGUGAAAAAUGUAACAAAGGAGUUUUCACUAAAAUAAGCCAUCAUUUUGGUUGGAUCAAAAGUGUAAUAUAUCGUAACGCAUAGCUAUAAUUUCGACUUAGAUAAACACAUUGACAAUAAGCAUAAUUGAAAUAAUAAUAAAUAUGUUGACUACAAUCAAAGAAGCACUGCCAGGAUCAGAUGCAUCGGGUGUUGUACUAACAA